CGCUAUGCCCACGGCUGGCAACCCGUUCCCCGCUCCUCCGAUGAACACAGGCAUGGGUAUGGGCAUGGGCCUUGAUCACAAUUCGCACAUGGGUAUGCCCCAACCAGUUAUCCCCGGGCAAGGGCAAAACCCCGAAGCACCCGUCAUCCCUCCCAUGCCAUCUAACUUUGGAAGAGCCGGCGGGACGCCAUACCAUGCUGCUGGCGCAUAUCCGGACUCGGAGGACUCUGAAAGCUACGAUGAUGAGCUGAGUCCCCAAACACGCGAGCGGCUCCAGCCUCCCCUCGCACCUGGGCAAUACGGUCCGUUCGAUCGAAAUCGCGAGAGGAGGGGCACGCCCGCGCCCGCGCUUAGACGAGGUCAACACCGUAGGGCGGAGUCCUCCCCCGUGUUCGUACAGCAGCUGCCUCCUGGGUUUGUCCCGCAGGAGCAGCCCCCGGUUAUUCCCCCGCCAGGCGUCGCGUUUGGCCCCGGCCAGCAGCCCUUUCCUCAAUUCCAGAACCAGGGCGCGCCCAUGUACCAGGAAGAGGAACGCUUUCGCCGCGAGCCUCCGAUGGACUUUCGACCGCGGCCGUGGACUCCGCUCCGUCACACCCACAAUCCUUUGCCCCCGCCGCCCAAAGACAUCUUCCAGCACUCCCCAUACGCCCAGAUCCUGCGCGAGCUCCGCAAGCCGAUAGACGCGGAGGAGAUCAAGGCGAAGCUCGCGCAGGCGCCCGCGUUCACGACCAUAAACGCCAUUCCGAUCCCGAACGUGCAGCCCGGGCACCACCAGGGUUCGCGCUCGAGCAAGGAGAAGAAGCGCAAGGGCCUCUUCCGGUCACUCAGCGCGCGCCUGGGGGGUUCGCGCAGGGACGACGAGAGCUUCUCGGACGUCAUGAGCCCCCCUCAGCAGGCAUUCGUCGGCGGUCAGUCUAUCACGAUACUCCCCACGGUCGAACACCUCCCGGAUGGGACCACUACGUUGACGUACCACCAUCCUAAUGCGCCGAUGGCUGCGGGAGCGAACACUGGCGGUAUACCCAUGGCUGGAGGCGGCGGACAGCCGCCAGUCAUGCCAUCCGGAGUUAUGCCAGGGUAUGUGCCCGGAGUCGCCCCAGCAGUCUCGCCCGCAUUCGGGAACUCCGCGGCACAACAGCAACAUCAACAACAGCAGCAACAACAGUACCCUCAGUCUCCUGGCCCACAACGCAUGCCGACCCCGCAGCCUGCGCCGCCUCCGCCUCCGCGCCCUAUCCGGAUCGACCGCUCGAACCGGUACCACGGGCUGCUGCACAUGUCGCCGCACAAGGUGCACUACGGGAACAAGUCGUACCCUACGGUACUGCACCUCAUCGAAGCGCUCCGUUUUUUGCCCGGACACCCUGAGUCCGCGGAGGAGGUGCGGCGGUGCGGCACGGCGGAGGAGGCGGCUGUGAUUUCGGACAGCAUGCGCUCGCGGUGGCGCGGAGACCUGCAGGAGAAGUUCUCGGAGCUGGUGGAAGAGGCGCUGUACCAGAAGUUCAUCCAGCACGAGCGCCUACGCGAGCUACUCCUCGAGACGGGCGACGCGGAGCUGAUAUACACGGACCCGAACGACGAUUUCUGGGGCGAUGGUCCCGUGGGGCAGGGCAUGAACGCCCUCGGGCAGGCGCUCUGCCGCGUGCGCGACCGGCUUCGCAGGGAGCUCGAGACGUAAUACGCCCUCGGCGGGCCCCCUUCCCUAUCCCUACCCUCAUCGGAUCUCCAAUACCAUACCAUACGACCUGCGAUACCUAACCUACUGCGACACCUCUAUCUCCACACAUCCCUACCCUCCUCCGGCUCUCCUCGUCUUUCCUCCUCUCUUCUUUUGGCGGUCUCUUGUGUGUGUCAGUGUACCCUUUGUUCCC